GUCGUCGAUCUACCGUCAGAUCUCGCCUCCUCUACUUCUCUCCUCGGUUUCUUCGACCUCGAACUCCAACUCGCCGGCCGUGAUCCUUCCUUGGUGCAUAGCAUUCCUCCUCGUGCUUCCUUCCCGGCUGAAAGCCAGCUGCCAUUGCCGGCGAUCGAGCUAGCUGGCCAUGCAGGACGUUGGCGGAGGAGGAGGAGGAGGAGGGGACGGCAAUAGCAUGCAUCUGCUCCUGACCAUCCUGGCCGACGGGGAGGCGCAGGUCAGGCGGCUCCUCGGCGAGCUGCCGCCGGCCGGCGACGAGGAGCAGCUGCUCGGGCGGGGGCCGGCGGCGGAGUGCUGCCGGGGCGUGGCCGGGCAGCUGCUGUGCACGUUCGGCAAGGCCAUCGCCGUCGCCAAGGCCAUCGAGGCGGCCGGCGGCGACUCCCCGCGGUCGGCCGACGAGGGCGCCGGCGCCGGGAUGGCCGGCAGGGACGCGGCGCAUGCGCAGGAGCGCCAUGGCCAUGGCGUCUGCAAGAGAAGGAAGGGCUUGCCAAGAUGGACCGAAAAGUUCCGUAUACCCGACGACGCAAAUUUGGAGUACACGCCGGACGAUGGGUUCAGCUGGAGGAAGUACGGCCAAAAGGACAUACUCGGCGCCAAAUUCCCAAGGGGCUACUACCGGUGCACGUACCGCAACGCGCAGGGGUGCGCCGCCACGAGGCAGGUGCAGCGCUCCGACGCCGACCUCGCCGUGUUCGACGUCACGUACCAGGGCGCCCACACGUGCCUCCAGGCGCAGCGCCGCGCCGCCGUGCCUCCCCCUCCUCCUCCGGCCACGCACGACGGCGGCGGCGGCCAGCAGCAGGACGCGGACAUGCAGCUGCUCGAGAAUUUCAGGAACGGCCUCAAGGUGGAGAUCACCGACGGGCCACCGCCGCCGGCCUCCUUCUACGGCCACGGCCACGACGCCUUGUCGCUCCCCUACACCGCGGCAGCAGGCUACUCCUACUCGGUAGGUGGCCAGCAGCAGCAGCUGCAAGGCGGUGGCUGCUUCUCCCCGGCGACCUUCUCCUCGCCGGCCGCGACGACGGCGGCCGGGCCGGGCUACUUCUCUGUGUCGGCGGCGCACUGCGCGCUGGGCACGCACGACUCGCCGGAGCUCGCCGAGGUCGUGUCCGCGGCGACCACCGCCACGGACCCCGCCGGCUUCGACUACUCGCUGUACCAGUACCACGACCUGCCGUUCCCGUUCGACCCCACCAUGUUCGGACACCGUUCCUCCUCCCAUGGCCAACACGGAGACGCCUCAAGGAACUGAGGCAUGAUUCUGUAGAAAAACAAAACAGUCGGAUUAUUCAGGUUUCGGUAUCUACUUGUGUAUACUUAAAACACCAUUUCCCAGAAGUGUCAUUAUAAAAUACUUCCUCCGUCU